AUGGCGUCUGUAGAGAGGCGCAUCUGCACUCAGUGCCUACGGACACGCUCGAGAAGACCAAGUCCUCGGAUCGCCUCGUUGCCACCUUUGCUACAGCGGCGGCCUUUCUCCCAGGCCCAAUUGCGCGUCGCUUUCGUCCCGCCGACUCCAGCGUCUCUAGGAAAGGCUGUGCCGGCCAAAGAAUACAAGAGGACAAUAAAGUGGUUUCGGCGACUGGCGUACCUGACUCUGUUCGGGACUGUCGUGUAUGUGUUAGAUAAGAGAUACUAUGCGUCCAGCCUCACGCGAUGCACUCGGACUUUUGUCGUGGGCCUAACGGCGGCGUUGGACUACAAGAUCAAUUUCCGCGAGGAACCGUUCAUCGGCAAUGACAUUGGGGAUGUGCACGCGCGCAAUGCCACCCGGCUGUUCAACCUAUUGCGGACAAAUGGCGGACUAUAUCUCAAGAUCGGACAGGCGAUCGCGAUGCAGACGGCCAUUCUCCCGCCGGAGUUUCAAAAGAUGUUUACCAAAAUGUUUGAUGACGCUCCGCAAAAUGACUGGGCGGACGUAUGCCAGGUCAUCCGGGAGGAUUUUGGUGGCCGCACGCCCGAGGAAGUGUUUGGGGUGUCAUUCGACGGUGACCCAGACAUGGGAGUCAUGGAAAGGAAAGCACGCGCCAGCGCCAGUGUCGCUCAAGUGCAUUGGGCGCGAUUGAAAGACGGCCGGGAAGUGGCCAUCAAAAUUCAAAAGAAAGAGAUCGCUCAACAAGUCGGCUGGGAUCUAUGGGCCUUCAAGGUGGUCACACGGAUAUAUUCGUGGUGGUUCGAUAUCCCCUUCUAUUCCUUGGUGCCGUACAUCAACGAGCGGCUGUUGCUGGAAUGCGACUUUGAGAACGAGGCGAACAAUUCCAAGAAGAUGGCCGAAUUCGUGAGCGGCGAACCGCGUCUACGCAACAGAGUCUACAUCCCCAAGGUGUAUGAUGACCUGACCACCAAGCGAGUCAUGACCGCCGAAUGGGUGGAGGGCGUGCGUCUCUGGGACAAGGAGGCCAUCACUCGACCCUGGCGAGGCGGUUGGCGGAGAGGCAGCCCAGGAUGCCAUGGUGCACCGAUGGACCCGCCGCCUGGAUUUGUCUCCGUACAACAACAGCAGCAGCAGCAACAACAGCAGCAAGGUCGCGGCCUCUAUGAUGAAGAGCUCAAGCCGGACAGGACAUGGUGGAAAGGCGCCGACGGCAAAGGCGGGCUGGGGCUCGAUGUGAAAGAGGUCAUGACCACGAUGGUGGAUUUGUUUUCUGCUCAAUUGUUUCUCUGGGGUUGGGUACACUGCGACCCGCACCCGGGAAACAUUUUCAUCCGGCGACGUCCCGACGGACACUCGGAGUUGGUGCUGAUCGACCACGGCCUAUAUGUCCAAAUGGACCCCAAGUUCCGCCACCAGUACUGUAAGUUCUGGAAGGCCUUGAUGACGUUCGACAACAAAACACUCAAAGAGAUUGUCAGUCAGUGGGGAGUGAACAACGUCGAUGUCUUUGCCUCGGCGACUCUAAUGCGCCCCUACGAGGGUGGCGACAUGACGGUCUCGACGAGGAUCAAGGGACUCAGUGCACACGAGCGCAGGAAGAGACAGUUCGAGAUGCAACAGGCGAUGCGCAAAGGCGUCAAAGAAAUCCUGGGUGACGAGACCAAGUGGCCCCGCGAGCUCAUCUUCAUCGGCCGCAACAUGCGCAUUGUGCAGGGAAACAACCAAUUCCUCGGCAGCCCCGUCAAUCGUAUCAAGAUCACGGGCAUCUGGGCGUCGCGAGCCCUGGCCGAAGACCGCCAUCUUUCGUUCGCCGAGCGAUGGAAGUAUCUUGGCAGCCAUAUAUUGUUCAAGCUGGUCUUGUUCGCCAGCGACGUGUAUUUCUGGUGGAGCAAAUUGAAGCAGGUGUUGGGCAGAGGUAAGGGCAUGGACGAUGACAUGGAGGAGCAGAUGAGGCGCGUGGCCAGGGACUAUGGCAUCGAAAUGAACCACAGUGUUUUCGAGGGCUGA